GAAGCCGGCGUGGAGCGCGCCUAUACUGGCGCGGGGAUCGUCGCUGCAGGUACUUGGUGGUGGGAAGUUUGCUGCAGAGGCGGGACCAAAGCGACUCCACGCCAACGGAGCCCCUCUAUACAUUUCCCAUAAGACGGAGCUUUCCUUAGCCUUGCCUGAGCAGGCUUGCUUGGCAAGCUGGGACAUGUCUGGUCCCCGAGGACCUUCCAUGGGUGAUGGCUGCAGUGUUGGAGGGGCUGGAGCCGGAGGAAACUGCAGCUGCUGCAGAGGAUGCUGCAAGAUUCGCUGUGGAGGCUGUGGAAUCCAGGCCCGGGGCACCUUUUCUCCUGGUUGGGAACCAGCUGAACUUAGACGUGCACCCGGGGGGCUGCCAUCGGCUGCAGUACCUGUGUUCCCAGCAGCCCCCAGAGCUGCUGCAGGUGGAGUUCUUGCGACUCAGUACCCACGAGGACCCUCGACUGCUAGAUGACACCCUAGCCCAGGUUCCGUGGAGUCUGUUGCGCCUUCGCUCCCUGGUCCUCAAAGGCGGCCAGAGCCGGGGCGCCCUGGGUGCCUGCCUCCAUGGUACCCUGACCACUCUGCCUGCUGGCCUGAGUGACUUGGCCUGCUGCUUGGCCCACCUGGACCUGAGCUUCAACAGACUGGAGACGCUGCCGCCCUGCAUCCUGGAGCUGCGCAGCUUGGAUGCGCUGCUGCUUUCUCACAACCGUCUCUCGGAGCUGCCCGAGGUCCUGGGGGCCCUGCCUGCCCUCACCUUCCUCUCUGUGAGGCACAACUGCCUAGAAAAGCUACCCGCAACCCUGGGGUCCCUGUCCGCUCUUCAGCGUCUUGAUCUCUCUGAGAAUCUUCUAGACACCAUACCCUCUGAGAUUGGAAACCUGAGCAACCUCAGUGAGCUCAAUCUGGCCUCCAACCGACUGCAGAAUCUCCCAGCCUCCCUUGAGCCUGAAGCCUUCAGUGUGAGUAUCUUGUCAAGGUUCCCAGAGCCAACCCUAAACCAGCACUUGCCUACAGCGGGGCUACGGUCCCUGCGGCUCCUUGUUCUGCACAGCAACCUCCUGACCUCAGUGCCCACUGGCCUGGCCCACCUGCCACUGAUCACUCGGCUUGACUUAAGGGACAACCAGCUCCGGGACCUGCCUGCUGAGCUCCUAGACGCCCCCUUUGUGCGCGUGCAGGGGAACCCUCUGGGUGAGGCCUCUCCAGCACCCCCAAGUCCCCCAGACAUAUCCCAGAUUCCGGAAAUGCCCAGGCUCUUCCUAACCUCGGAUUUGGACAGCUUCCUUGUGACUCCCCAUGGCUGUUCUGUGACCCUGGCCUGUGGUGUCCGCCUACAGUUCCCAGCAGGAGCCACCACUACGCCCAUCACCAUCCACUAUCGACUGUGGCUGCCGGAGCCUCACCUGGUCUCCCUGGGACCUCACGACUUCUUGCUAAGUGGUGUUCUGGAGUUGCAGCCCCAUGGGGUGGCUUUCCAGCAGGAUGUGAGCUUAUGGCUGCUGUUCGUCCCCCCACGAGUCCAACGCUGCCGUGAGGUAGUUGUAAGGACGCGGAGUGACGACAGCUGGACUGACCUAGAGACCCACCUGGAGGAAGAGGCACCCAAGAGGCUCUGGGCUCGAUGCCAGGUGCCCCACUUCUCCUGGUUUCUUGUCGUUUUACGACCAGUAUCCAACACUUGCCUGUUGCCACCAGAGGGAGCACUUUUGUGCUCCUCAGGUCAUCCUGGGGUCAAAGUCACCUUUCCUUCUGGGGCCACAGAAGAGCCUCGCCAAGUCUCCAUGCAGGUAGUGCAUAUGGCUGGUCUAGAGCUGAGAGCUCUCCUGGAAGAGUCAGAGGCAUCAGUGAGCCCCUUGCUGUGCCUCUCACAGAGCGGGCCCCCCAGCUUCCUCCAGCCAGUCACUGUGCAGUUGCCCUUGCCCCCUGGUGUUACAGGGUUCAGUCUGGACCGCUCCCACCUACAUCUGCUCUACCGAACACCCUCGACAGCCACCUGGGAUGACAUCACCACUCAGGUGGUGCUGGAACUCACCCACCUGUACGCACGCUUCCAGGUCACACACUUCUCCUGGUUCUGGCUCUGGUAUACCACCAAAACCUGUGUAGGGGGCCUAGCACGGAAGGCCUGGGAACGGCUGCGGCUGCACCGCGUGAACCUCAUUGCACUGCAGAGGCGUCGGGACCCUGAGCAGGUCCUGCUGCAGUGCCUACCCCGCAACAAGGUCGAUGCCACCCUGUGUCGGCUGAUGGAUCGAUACCGUGGCCCUGAACCCUCUGACACCGUGGAGAUGUUUGAGGGUGAGAAGUUCUUUGCAGCCUUUGAGCGGGGCAUUGAUGUAGAUGCUGACCGUCCAGACUGCGUGGAUGGCAGAAUCUGCUUUGUUUUCUAUUCACACCUGAAGAAUGUGAAGGAGGUAUACAUCACCACAGCCUUGGACCGGGAAGCUCAGGCUGUCCGAGGCCAGGUGUCCUUUUAUCGGGGUUCACUUCCCGUGGAGGUGCCUCAGGAAGCUGAGGCUGCCCGGCAGAGGAAGGGCACAGAUGCACUGUGGAUGGCCACCUUGCCCAUCAAGCUGCCGAGACUCCGGGGGCCCCAGGGAAGUGGGCAGGGGACAGACUUCUCCCUGAUGCCUCUGAACCUGGGUGAUGCAGAAACUGGUUUCCUGACUCAGAGCAACCUGUUGAGUGUGGCCUCACGCCUAGGUCCUGACUGGCCAACCGUGGCCCUGCACCUAGGUAUGCCCUACCGUGAGCUACAGCGUAUCCGGCAUGAGUUCAGGGACGACCUGGAUGGGCAGAUCCGCCACAUGCUCUUCUCCUGGGCUGAGCGCCAGGCUGGACAGCCUGGGGCUGUGGGACACUUGGUGCAGGCCCUGGAGCAGAGUGACCGGCAGGAUGUGGCUGAAGAGGUGCGUGCCAUCUUGGAGCUCGGCCGUCACAAGUAUCAGGACAGCAUCAGGCGCACAGGACUGGCCCCUGAGGACUCGCCUCUGCCUGGCACCUCAGCUUCACAGACCCCAAAGUCUGCCCAGGCCUAGGCUCAGACUUAAGCUGGUCCUUGACUUUCCUUGACCAGUGGGCAGAGCCCUCCCCUAUCCUUCUACCUCACCUGUGUGGCACAGUGCCCCGGCAUACAGAAACUCCUCAUGGCUUUAAAAGCUUGGCUUAGCCGGGCGAUGGUGGCGCACGCCUUUAAUCCCAGCACUCGGGAGGCAGAGGCAGGCGGAUCUCUGUGAGUUCGAGACCAGCCUGGUCUACAGAGCUAGUUCCAGGACAGGUUCCAAAGCCACAGAGAAACCCUAUCUCGAAAAACCAAAAAAAAAAAAAAAAAAAGCUUGGCUUAUUUACAAGUUGAGAUAGGUCUUACUGUCUAGCCCAAGCUAGCCUCCAGCUCCCCGUGUACCUCUGAGAUUGAUUACUUAUAGGAUAGAGGGAAGGAUGCCUAAGUGAUCGGAAGCCUAGUCCUCCCGUUAAGAUGAGGGCAGAAAAGGCCUGGAGAGAUGACUCAGCAGUUAACAACACUGGCUGCUCUUCCAAGGGACCCAGUUUCAAUUCCCAGUACCUACAUGGUGGCUCACAACAGUCUGUAACUCAAGUUCCAGAGGAUCAGACACCCUUCUCUGGCCUCCACAGCACCAGGCAUGCAUAUGGUGUACAGACAUGCAUGCGGGCAAAACAUCCAUAUACAUAAAAUAAAACCUAUUUAUUGUG